UCCCUCCAUCCCUCUCGCCAUCCCUCUCCCCUCCCUCCGUCCCUCCCCCGCCGUGCCCGCCCCUCUCCCCAGCUCCUCCUCCGCUCCCGCUCCCGUUCCAGGCCGCCGGGACCCGCCGCCCCCAUGCCCGACAGCCCCGCCGAGCCGCCGCCCCCGCCAGCCGCGGACGGAACCGCGGACGGAGCCGAGGCCCCCGCCGAGCCGCGCCCCGCCGCGGGCGGGGAGGAGGAGGAGGAGGAGGAUGAGGAUGAAGAUUUCCAGUUCCUGCGGUGCGAGGGCUGCGGGCAGGACUCGGCGCGGCCGCGGCUGCUGAGCUGCCUGCACACGCUGUGCCCCGGCUGCCUGAGCGACACCAAGCAGUGCCCGCUGUGCCGGGCGGCCGCGGGCGCGCCCGCCAUGGACAACCUGCUGUUCGCCAACCUGCGGAGCCGCCUGCAGCUCUGGAGGCAGAUCCGGAGCUCCGGCGGGCCCGGCUGCAGCCGCUGCAAGGGCGAGGCGGCGCUGGUGUGGUGCUCGGACUGCGAGGAGUUCUUCUGCGCCAAGUGCUUCGAGGAGCACCAGUGGUGGCACAAGAAGAAGGCGCACAGGGUCAGGAGGGUGGAGGAGCUGCGGGCGGGCUCGGCGCGGCAGUUCCUGGACGACACCAAGAGCUCCUGCAGCCUCUUCUGCUCCAGCGCCAGCCACCCCGAGGAGAGCCGCGUGUGCAGCAUCUACUGCCCGCGCUGCGAGCGGGCUCUGUGCUGUCCGUGCGCGCUGCUGGACACGGGCCACGCUCCUUUCCGCGACCUGCGCGCCGAGAGCCGCCGGCGCCAGGACGAGCUGCGCUCGCUGCGCCGGGACCUGCGGCGGCUCCGCGGCGGCUUCGAGGCGGCGCUGGCGCGGCUGCGGAGCGAGGCGGCGCGGCGGGAGGAGCAGCGGGAGCGGCUGCGGGAGCGCGUCCGCGCCAGCGCCGAGCGCCUGGAGCAGCUGGUGCGCCGGGAGGCGGAGGAGCUGCGGGCGCUGCUGGAGGCGCGGCCCGAGCGCGGCCGCGGGGCGCUGGCGGAGGAGCUGAGCGGAGCCGAGGGGGCCCUGCUGCGGCUGGAGGCGGCCGAGAGGCUGGUGGAGAGGCUGGGGCGCUACGGCGGCGAGCAGGAGCUGAUGGACAUGCAGCCCUUCGUCAAGGGCGCGCUGCUGCAGCUGCAGCGGCUGCGGCCGCCCCAGCCCCCCGAGCUGCGGGAGCCGCCGCACUUCGCACAGUGCCGGGCGCGGCUGCGGGCGCUGGUGGAGCGCGUCACGGGCCGGCCGGAUGUCCCCGAGGUGGAGGUGGCCCUGGAGGACAACCCGGAAGAGGAUCCGACCCAUCCCAAAAUCCAGAGUGUCUCCAGCCUCGAGGAGAUCCACGUGGAGCAGCCUCUCCCGCGCUCCUCCUGUAGCAAGCGGCCGCUGCCCUGCAUGGAGAGGGGCAGCCAGAUGUCUCCCAAAAUCCUGAAGCUGGAAUGUGAGCACGAGGCGGGUCCCAGCCGUGGCCAGUCCCACUGGGAGUUCCGGGAGCCGGGUCCCUCCGCGGCGCAGCGCGGCUGUGGUGACACAGGUGGGCACCGGCACUGGCACCGUGCCCGUUAUCCCAUUGCCCCCAUCCCGGGGCAUCCUUCCUGGCCCUGCUGCGCCUCCAUUCAGCGGGAACCCUGGCCAAGGAUGUGGAUACUCCAGAUCUGUGGGAGGUGGGCAGCAUCAUCAUCUGCAGCUCUGACGACAGCGACGAGGACACCGUGGUGGUGGCGGUGACACCGGAGCCACCCCCGUGCUGACGGCCCGGGAGCCAUCCCGCCUCAUCCCGGAAUUCCCAAUUCCCGCUCGGACCUUCAUCUUCCUGGCCAAUCCCAAAUUUAUUCUUGGGCUGAGCUCCGGUCCCAAAUCCCUCCGGAUCUGCCGAGUCUCCCCUUGGAGGCUUUGAGGGAAUGAGGAUCUCCGCUCAAAUCCCGUCCAAGUUGUUCCCAAAAUAAAAUUUGGGAUGGGGUUUGGGAUCUGUGCUGGCAGAGAUGGAGAGAGAUGAUCCCAAGGGUGGGAUCUCCUCUGGGAUCCAGAGCAGGGAAUUCCUUGGGACUGGGAUUGGGAUUGGGAUUGAGAUUGGGGUUGGGAUCAGGGUUGGUUUUCCAGUGUAACAAGGCACAAAAAAAAUCCCGUUUUUUUAAUCUUUCCCCCCUAUAAAGACGUUCUGGGAUAAAAUUCCAGCCCUGCUGUCUCUCCCUCCGUUGGUUCUUCCCACCCUGCUUUUCCCAAUCCAUCCCAAAGAGCGAAAAAACUGGGAAUUUUGGGGUAAAACCUCUCCCUUCUCCUGGGUUUUAGGGAUGGGAGAAAUCCCUGAGGGCAGGGAGGGAGCCCAGGGAUAAAAUCCCCACAUUCCAUGGGGGGAGGAGCCUCAUUCCAGCCACAUUCCCACAAAUCCGGGGCUGCCAGGGAAAAAGGAAAAUGGAAUUUCCAUUUUCCCAGGAAAAGGGUGUGGGAUUGUCCUGAGGGAAAACAGGGAAUGAAUUUGGGACUCCCAUUUUUGGGACAGCCCCAGCUCCAGGAAUGUUUUCCAUGGAUUAAAUUCCCAGGAUUUGAGUG